AGCCAUCUCGAUGCUGGCGCAUCGCGGUCGGCGGCCGCUCAGCGUCGCACGCUUCUGGCGGUGGCUCCGGCCAUCGGCUGGGGUCUGCGGGGCGGCGAGGACGACCAAGGAGAACUAGCUUCGAUGGGUAGCAGUGGAGCACGCGUGACGUGGUGAUGCCGUUGGACCAUCGGCCCAAUCGGCGGCGACCGGAUCUGAUCGCCCGCCGUCAUCGGCUGGUCCGCAUCGCGCCGAGGAGCAAGAACGAGGAAAUGCUGAUGAGCCAAGAUUUGCCCGCUUCCGAGCCUUCGCGUCGCGGGUCAAGCAAGCUUCAUGCGAAUUUGAUUUAGCUCAGUUAGAAAGUCUAAGAUCGAAGCAUCUCCGUGCCUCUAUGGCCCACCCUGGAUCCUCAAUUAUUGAGGCGUCUUCACUAUAAAAAGGCAACCAUCCACAAGAAGUAAGAACACAGCAAGCAAGCAAGCACACAACAAGCAAGCACACAACAAGGACAAGACAGCAACUGAAAACCCUAGUACUAAACGAAAAGUUUUCACAGGGUCUAACUGCGAAUGAACACCCAGAGGAAGCCUGGAGACUGGAACUGCUACUCCUGCCAGCACCUCAACUUUGGCCGGCGUGACUUCUGCCAGCGCUGCCGUGCCACACGCUCAGAUCUGCAGCUCGGAGACGGCCGCGAGAUAGGUGGCGUACUGACCUCCCUGGACGUUCGCCCUGGUGACUGGUACUGCAACUGCGGCUAUCACAACUUCGCCAGCCGCUCAAGCUGUCUCAAGUGCGGAACCAUCGUGAGGGACUUCCCAGCAGGCCAAGGUGGCGCUGGUGCUGCUGAGAGUGGUGGAGUUCGUGCUGGGUGGAAAACGGGCGAUUGGAUAUGCACAAGGCCUGGUUGUAAUGUGCACAACUUUGCGAGUAGGGUUGAGUGCUUCAGGUGCAAUGCACUUAGGGAAGCAGGCACCGGGAAGUAAGGACCAACCUGGCCGACCGAGACCGAGAGGUGUGACGAGCCGGCCAAGGAUGAGACCCACCGUCGUCAUACUUAGAAGCUGCGAUCCAGAAAGAAUAAAUUUACAUAGUAGUAUGAAUGCUCUAUUGCUGCUAAGUGUUGUGCUACUGUUAUUGCAUGGUUGCGAGGGUAGGAGAAGUGCCCUUUGCUUCCGCAUUGUAUUAUAUGCGUGGUCUAGUCACGCCUCUUUUACACUGCUCUGGUCGUUGCUGAAAUUGUAUGGCUCGGUGUACUUGAAAUAUCAAUCUUAAACACCCUUAUAGGUAUUGUGUAA